CGGCGGGGGGGGGGGGAGAGAACGCGAAUGAAAGAAUGUGCACACGCACGCACGCGGAGCGCACCAAACACGCGCGGUCACAUGACGGUGGCGCGCCGAUGGGAGACGCCCGUGGUUAGGAAGUCUGCGCAGCGAGGGGUCGUGCGCUCCACGGAGCAGCAGCAGCAGCGGCAGCAGCAGCAGCGUGCUGGCCAGACUCGGAUAAGGAGGCAGCUCACAAGCAGGAGGGCACGGCAGGGCAAGGGCAGCGGUCUCUCUCUCCGUCAUGGCGACUUGCGGUGUCGGCGUGGCGCCGAGGAGCGAGUUGCUGGAGGUGCUCGGGCGCGGAGGGCGCUGGGGCCGCGUGCGCGUGACGCUCUCCCGGGACGCGCUCACGCUCUCGGGCCCCGACGAAGCGACGGCCCUCGUCAACGGCACCGCCAACGGGGGAGGCGGCACGCCGCCGGUCCCCUCGCCGACGCCGCUUUCGGGGGGGUUGUCCAACGGGAUUCGGAGCCCCAACCUGAGCCCCAGCCUUAGCCCGAGCCCAGGAGCGGUCGCGUUGGGCUGCGUCGGCGAGCCGCCCACGGAGCAGAAGCGCCUCGUGCGCGUGGUGAAGCGAGAGUCGGGCGGCUUGGGGAUCAGCAUCAAGGGCGGUCGCGAGAACAAAAUGCCCGUGGUCAUCUCGAAGAUCUUCCCGGGUCUCGCGGCCGAGCAGACGGGAGCUCUGCACGUGGGGGACGCGAUCCUGGCGGUGAACGGAGCGGACCUGAGGGAGGCGACUCAUGAUCGCGCGGUGCAGGCGCUCAAGACGGCCGGCAGAGACGUGCUGCUGGAAGUCCAGUACAUGCGCGAGUUCUCCGCCUUCUUCCACAAGGCGUCGCCGCUCUCCGACGUGGACUGGGCCGACGGCGAUGUGCCGUCGCCGCCUCGGCAAGCGCGCGUCGACCUCCGCCCCGGAACGACGCCGGGAACGCCGCCGGGCUCGCCGGGCUCGCUUGGGGGCCAGCGCCACAACGGCGGCGAGCGGCGCGUCAUCGCGCUGCGCAUGUGCUACAUUGCGCGCAACCUCAGCAUGUCCGACCUGGAGAACAGGCUGAUUGAGGUUCACUCUCCGGACGUGUCGCGCUGCCUGGUGCUCCGCGCGAGGGACGCGGCGUCGGCGAGCUCCUGGUUCUCGGCGCUGCGGGCCGCCACGGCGGCGCUGGUGCCGGCGGCCGUGGCCGAGGCAAACGAGGGGCCCCUGCAGCACGGCGGGCUGCUGCACUCGCGAGCGCUCGCCAACCUGGGCUGGCUCGCCGAGCAGAUCACGGGGGAGACGGGGCGGCUGACGUGGCGUCCGACGCUGGUGGCGCUGACGGACACGGACAUGCUCCUGUACCACGCGCUGCCCACGGCGCGCGAGGGCUGGCAGGCGCCCUACCGCACUUACCCGCUGCUCGCCACGCGGCUGGUGCAGGGUGGCAUUCCCCGCGACGCUCCAACGCAGCCCGGCGCCGAGCUGUGCCUGGUGCUGCGCUCGGGGACCCCGCACGGCGUGGUCACGCACGUCCUGCGCGUCGAGACGCAGCGCGACCUCGCGCACUGGGGCCGCCUCUUCGUCGACGGCUGCCACGGCGCCGCCGCGCUCAUGCGCGAGGCCACCGUCGCGUGCGUGUGGAAGGGCACCGAGUGCCGACUCACGGUGCACUACGAGAGCGGCUUCACCCUGGCCAUGGACCCGGGCCCCGGGGCGGCCCCGGGGGCCACGCCGGCCGUGCUGCUCAGCUACCCGUUCGACCGCCUGCGCCGCUCCACGGACGACGGCGUCUCCACGCUGUGCCUCGACUUCGGCGGCCACGAGGGGGAGGUGCGCAUAGACCUCAAGGCCUGCCCCAAGCCCCUGGUGUUCAUCCUCUACUCAUUCCUCUCGGCCAAGGUGGCCCGCAUGGGCCUACAAGAGGCGUGACAUCGCCCGCGGUGCCGCCCCGUGGGCAGCCCACGGGACAAGACCCGCACCUGGCAGCUGACUUUGACCGGUGCUGGUUUCUUUUUUAACCCGCGCCUGGCCUGUCCACCACGCUUGGUACAGGGUCGUAGCUCACGGUCGAUCCUGGAGCAGCAGACGGCACCCGUCUCCCUCGAGCGUCCGCCCUCGUCAAAGGCUAAAAAACGGCGGUGGGUGGGGGGGGGUUGGAGGAGGCGCAGGUUUGGAGCUCUUUGCGACGGAAUCCGCCGCUCCAUUCUGCAGUCGCCCCUAAUAAGUGAUGCAACUCAGUGGCCCUAAUGGUCGGUGCCGGACAGACAAGUGGAGCUCGGGUAAAAGGGAAAAUAAUUCCUCCUGGGUGAGCUGAGGGGAGGGGGGCAGGGGGGAGGAGAGGGCUUGGAGGCGAGUGAGUGCAGAGUUUUCGGCGGACGGUGCCCUCCUCCGCGCCUCCAUGCAGCGGGGGUUCAUUUCGUCAGCGCCUUCGUAUUUUGGCGACAAGCUGUGGAAUUCGAGGCACGUUUCGAAUUUGUGGAUUUAAUUUAGGCACGAAAAUUUGUAUUUUUUAAAUGCUGACACAAUUCAGACACGGUGUACGCCGUUGACUUUAGUCGGUGUUUAACGCCGAAGCUCUAAAUCCACGGGCCAACGACUCGGCUAACGUUCCACAAGAUUGUCAUCGAUAUACGAAUAUGGAAGAGACUGAAAUGCGGACUAAAUGAACCACUGUGCCGCGGAGGAGGCUUCGGCCUGCACGGCCGGGGCCCUCCCGCCACGGGGCAGGACUCUCCGCACUCAUAGAGCCAUGGAACUCGCGGGAACUUGCCCUGCCGGAGGUUGUUCCUGGGUGCCGUCGGAUUCGGACGGCGCCAUUACCGCUGCGAUUGAUUGCCUUCUUCCCCCCAUCCCCGUGGCAACCCAUGUGGUGCCAAACUAAACACGAACUGCUUGCCGCCGAUGUUAGCUGUGGCCGGGAAUUGAACUCGCUAACCACUGCACCGCACUUCGCUCGCAUUGUUACAGUCAGCCCCAUACCUCCGACACCUCAGAUUAGAACGGUCGGCUACGUACGGUGCGAAAGAAGUUCAACAUACAUAUACAUACAUUUGUUUCUGGAUAAUUGUUGGCAAAUAAAAUUCCCAAGUUGGGGGGGAGUAACUUGGCCCAUUAUUAUCCGGUGGUGGUGAGGAGGCAAGACAAGGAAGGGCCCUUCCAGUUUGUGGAAAGUCUACGGCGGUCACCCUGUUGAUUCAACGUCCACGUACAGCCACUCCUAACCGCAUUAUAAAUCUACAUUGGAAACUCAUUGAUUUAGGCACAGCUUUUCGUGUUUUAGUUUGGUGUCCUUCCCCCGCGCCUCCGAUGAGCACGGUUGGCUACACACGGUGCGCAAGGAAGUUCAUCGUGCGUACGUACAAACCCCCCCCGAGGACUGCUUGCCACUUGUCUUUGGCACACGUACGUGUAUAUAGUGUUUUAAGAUUCAUUUCCUCGGCUUCAUUAUUAUGGUGACGACUUCUAGUACUUUUCUUUGGAUGCUGUCAUCAGGGGAUUUUGGGGGCCUUCGUUGACGGGGCCCAAAGGAUGGCGAACUCCAGAAAAAACCCAAGUCUGCUGAGCAACAGCGUUGAGCCGCCGUUGCAUUUCAAAGUAGGGAACGUUCAUUCGCUCAUUUGUCAAGUCGGGAGUUUCUCAAAUUCCAGUCGGAUCGCUUUUGCCAGGUUCAACCGGGUGUGCGCGUCACGAGCAGCGGCUUUGGUUUUCACUUCGAUGGAAAAGAUUGGCGAAAGUGGGAAAGGUUGGACCCCGAGAUAUUACUCAAGGACUGGCUUUUGUAAUCUGCGUCCACUCGGAAACUCCCGAGACCCUCCGGGGCCACCUGCAGGCUUUUUAAGGGAGAAUGUGUUGUGCUCUGCAUCUACAUCAGCCACACGAAAGAAAAAAGUGUAGAAUAGGGUCAGGCGGACAGCCUUAAUGUUGUCGUGUUGCCGCCGAAUCGUGGUUCACGGUGGCUUAGCCCUCGGGAGCGUCGCCGGAUCGCACUGCUCGGCGCACGAUGCCCCGACGUUUCGCCUGCCUGCGCGUUACCGGAGCCGAAUUUCGCUCUCGGUGGUCGCUGCAGGGACUUUCUCUCCCCCGAGUCGCCGAGGAAACUCCCUCAGCGUGCGGAACGAAACGUCCGGACAUUGGCGGUUGAGCGACACGCGGAAACGACCCGAAAAGGCAUUGGGGAGAGAGCCGUUUCGGCGCAAGCGGGAAUAUCCACGCGGUGGCCUUCCACGGUGGGUGACGCUGCGUUGAUUCUGCAGUGCGUAUUGUGCCGACGAGUGUGGGAACUUUGUGCUGCAGCGGUGUCCAAAGAACAACUGCCUCUUUUUUUGGGGGGGGGGGAAAGGGGGGCUACAUGGAGGCCGGCGGGGGGAGAAGGUUUAAAAAUUGCUAAAUAAAUGGUGCAAGCAGGAAACUAACAGCAGCCACCACGUUAAAUAACAAGCAGCACCCCCCCCCCCC